CACCCUUCCAUCCUGCCCAUCGUCUGGCGCUUCUGUCAAGGCACCUCGCUACUAUGACUGACUCCGUACCGAAGGAAAUUACUCUGCCUUCUGGCUACAAGAUUCCCACUAUCGGGCUUGGAGUGUACCAGAACGCCCGGUGCGCCCAGGCCGUUACAGCUGCGCUCAAGCAUGGGUAUACCCACGUUGACUCCGCUCGGGCUUAUGGGAACGAGCAGCAGGUCGGCGUGGGCAUCAAGGCUGCCGGCGUCGAUCGUUCCACGCUCUUCAUCACUUCAAAGGUCUACAUGACCGACUUCGACGACACUGAGUCCGCAGUCGUGGAUUCUAUCAAGAAACUCAAGUACGGUCUGGAGGGCAAGCGGGAGCCGCUUGGCUCGUCAGACUACUACGACCUCUACCUUCUCCACAGUCCGCACGGCGGGCCGGCCAAGCGACUGAGGGCCUGGAGAGGCUUGUUGGAGGCGAAGAAGAAGGGCUUGAUCAAGACUGCCGGUGUCUCUAACUUCGGCGUCCGACACCUCGAGGAGCUCCGCGAAGCAGGGCUGGAGCAGCCAGCCGUGAACCAGCUCGAGCUGCACCCUCUCGACCAGCAGAGAGAGAUCGUGGAGUACUGCAAGAAGAACAACAUCGUCCUGCAGGCAUACUCCCCCCUGAUCCGGUUCAACUUCUCCCAGGACAAGAACGGCGUGAUCCAAAGCGUCGCUGACAAGCUCCAAAAAACCGUCCCUCAAGUCUUGAUCCGGUGGUCCCUCCAGCACGACUUCGUUCCGCUCCCCAAAUCCGAGCACGAAGAACGCAUCAAGGCGAACAUGGAGGUGUACGGGUGGGAGAUCCCCGCGGAGGAGAUGGCGAGGCUGGACGCACUUGACAUCGGCGAUGCCGGCGCCGUGUGCUGGGUCCCUGUGCAUGAGCCUUGAUUAAGUACUAGGAAAUUGAAGAACGCUAUUAUAUAGAAGAAAACAUCGGAGUUUGUACAGUACCUAUAGAUGUCCAUAUGAGUAGUGUUAUACGGAGAUCGACGCUUUCCAAGCGGUUGGAUUCGACAGAAAAAAGAUAAUCUGCUCGUUUUCCCAAUACGACAUACAAGAUCGACUAGUAGCUGCAUCAACGAUGAGCCCCGUUCAUAACUCCAUUCAAGUGGCCUGAGUUCCUAGUCAGAAUCCCCGUUGCGAACAUGAACAUUCCUAACAUGCGUUUAAAUGCAUCGCGUACUUCCAGCAAACGCAAAAAAAAUACACUAUUAUGUUCUUUGCCUAAUGCAACUUCAGUCUCUAGGGCAGAAUCGUGCGUAAGGGUGUAUAUGGGUGCUCGUUGUGCUUCGCCUUCCCUGCCUCCAGCGCCCUGAUUCCAGCCGCCACUCCAACGACCCAUGGGCAACAUAGUGCAGCUCCGCUCCGACAGCAUUCGAUAGUCUUUGAAGGCUGUGAUCCAUCCGAUCGUCUAGUUCUGGCUGGACGGGUUCAAACUUUGCGAGUUUUUCCGCAUCCUCCGCGUCGACUUCCAGAACUCGAAGACUAGGAAGCUUGUCGGUGACACCGCGUGCGAAAUCUUCGAUGGCCAAUUGUGCCCUUUCCAUGAACGCGUCUUCUGUGAGCUCUGGCUUGACAGAUAUUCUCAGCCUCUCCAGCCCAGGGAAAAACCGCGCCCACUCAUCCGCGCAGCGAAAGACAUCUGGAAGAAACGAGAGACUGGAAUACAAAGGCGGCAUUCGCACAUGCAGCUCGUUCACGCCAUGGGCUGGCCGCUCGUUUGGACUGAUGUUUCUCGCCCCUGGGUCUGCUUCGGCUUGAAGACAUGAACCAAGCCGAGAUAUCAUCCUGAUGCCUUCUACCGCCACGCUGCGAAGCGACGGGCAUGCUGCAAGAGAUUUCCACGCCCAAUCCGGCAAAGCCCAGGCCUGACCUUCAAUCAUGACAUACUCUAAACCCUCCGCAAGCCCAUAUAUAGUGGUGGAUCCAGCGUUGGACCACCUGGUACGGCCUCUGAAGGCCAGAUUACGAAGAUUGGGUAAUGCCCGAAGUGCGCGGACGUGGUGCGGAGUAAUCGUUGUACCCAUGAAGACGACACCCUCGACGUUGGCCAUCCCAUGCGCGAUCGCCUUGCAGUGCAGCACCGCAAACGGAAUCAGCCAGCUGCGCAUGCUGAACGUCGUGGGGUCGGACUGAGACUGCGGUUGAGAUUCCCAUGCCCAGUCGCGGAAGACGACCUCUUUGACGAAGCUCGCCGUCGUCAGCGCAGGGCGCUCACCGGCUAAAAUAGCACGCGCCCACGUUGUCAUGCGAUGUCCAGAGCUAGUGGCGUUGUUUUCCGGGUCAGAGCCAUCGAAAACGACACGUGCGAAAAGUUUAGGUAGGGCAAGGUGGCAGAAGAAGC